AUGGCCGCCUCCAGCAGUGCACGGCACAUCGUGAUGCGCGUGGACAAGUGCGGUAUGUGUGCUGGAGACGCUGCAAACAUUGUGGGCGAGAGCGGCGGCAGUUCGACACAGUGGAAGCUGGACAAUGGCCGCUCCGUCCAGAAGAACCAAGAAGGUCAGGUGUGGACUAUGCACUAUGGACAGGGGCUGACGCGCAAGCAGCAGGCGCAGCUGCACUCGGCGAUCGAGGCGGUGGCUGCGGAGCGUGCCGCGCCGUCGGAGCGUGCAGCGCCGUCAGUGGCCAGCGGGGCGGCGCUGCUGCAGCCCGCGGCUGCGAUAGCAGCUGCGAACGCGGCGCCCGAGCUCACUGCCGAGAACCGCGGGUUCCGCAUGCUGGCGCGUAUGGGGUGGCGGCCGGGUGGCGGCGUCGGCAGGGAGGCGGAGAGCGCGCGCACGCACGGCAUUCAGAUUGCGAUGCAAGCGCACCGCGCCUCGGACUUCCUCGGCAGCUUCGACUUUCUCAGCGCCGCGGCGGCGGGCCUCCAUCCCCCUCCCGCCGCGCCCGACCCCACGCCCACCGAGGUUGCCGGCAGCCGAGGGUGA